AUGACGAAAGAUAAAAACAAAAACAACAAUCCUGUUGUUGCCACACCGUUAUCUUCAUAUCAAUACCCAAUUUUAAACAAUAGCAAUUAUACACUAUGGGCAUUAAGAAUGAAGAAGAUACUUGUGGCAAAUGGAAUUUGGGAUAUAGUAGAAGGAACGGGUACAUCAAAAGAGAUCGAUAUAAAAAAGGAUAGUUCUACAUCAGCAUAUCUAUUCCAAGGAUUGCCCGUAGAUUUGCAAAUGCAAGUUGCGGGAUGUGAAACGGCAAAAGAAAUUUGGGAUUCAUUAAAGGCUAGAUUUGUUGGGACAGAAGAUGUUCAACAAGCGCACUCGCUACAAUUGAAGUCAGAAUUUGAGAGACUAGUUAUGAAAGAAGAUGAAUCAAUAGAUUCAUUUUCCGGAAAGAUGAUGAGUAUUAUUACAAAGGCUGCUACAUGUGGACUGACAUUUGAUGAACAAACAAAAGUGCGGAAAUUACUCAACGCAGUACCAGAUAAGUUUAUACCAAUAGUAGCAACCAUUGAAAUGGUUGUUGAUUUCAAGGAAGCAAAAUUGGAGGAGGUUAUUGGGAAAAAUAAGACUUAUGAAGAAAGGUUUAAGUUUAGAAAAGAAAGUGGAGAAGAUAAUACUGAAAAGUUGUUGUUCACACGUCAAGGGAAUGGCAGAAAUUAUGAACGCAACUAUGGAAACAAUAGACGAGGAGGUGGUAAUCAGACAAGAGGAAGAGGCCAGGGAAGAUUCAUGAGAGAUAAUAGAAAUGAAGAUAAUUUCGAUAGAUGGAAGAAAAGCCCUGGAGAUCAAAACUAUCCAAGAAGACAACUUAAAGACAUAUAA